GCUUAAAAAAGCUGCUUCUCUGGUCUCCCUCGAGUCUGAUCACCUCGACUUUCCAGUUGGCGGCCCUCUUUCGACAAUCACUGUCUCCCUCGUCGUUCGACUCGAACGGCUUUCCUUUCAUCUCAUCAAAACACCCAGGCUUACCAUGGCCACUCAAACUCAUUACAACCUCCGAAAAAGGGCAGUACCCAUGACGCAAGUCUCUGCGGAGCCCGUGGCUAUACCAGGUGCGUAUACCGAAUCUAUCUCUGGGAAUACUAACCAUUCGGUCUCGACCCCAUUGACUCCUUUGGGGUCGCCUACCUCAUCGCCAUGCAUGUCCUCCGAAGUGAUCCCUGGGCUGUUAUUCAGCCAGGUGGCUUCGCGUACUCCCUCACCUGAGCUACCUGCUCGCGAGGCGUAUCCCAUGCGAGGUAGCUCCUCCAUGGCGGAAAACCCUCCCCCUGUCUCAGGAGAGGAGGUGGUCAGUGAUGCCGAUAGCGCUCACUCGACCUGGACCGAUGUCAAAGAAGAAGAAGAAGACGUCGGCAUCCCUUGGGUGCCAGUGUCAUACAAGCAUGGUCAUCAGCGCGCUCAGACAUCUGCCACCGAACUGAAUAGUGCACAGGUUCAGAACACCCAAAGCGGUUGCUCGGUGUUCACUGAAGCCCAGCUUAGGGCUAUGUCUGUGGCCGAGCAACAGCUCACGCUGCAAGAAGAAGACCUCGUCAGAAGACGAAUGCAGGUCGUUCACGAAAAUGGCAGGGCCCAUAGCCAUUUUUGUUCGCGCAGAGAAGGAACUUCAAAGCGCAAAGGUAAAACUGUUGACCCUCGUAAUUGGGGUGCGGUUAAUAUUUCCGAAGAGGAAUUGGAUCCUGAGACUCAGCAGCGGGAAUUUGACAUGUAUUCUAACACGUCUGGUACUACAAUACAUGGUAUGGCUUUCGAAGACCCUGAUUAUGACAUUGAUGAACAGUGUCGUAUGUUCACUUUCUGGAAGGCUCUUAGAGAGCAGGAAAGACAGGAGGAACUUUCCGUAGAAGCCUCACUUGCAACUAGUACUACUCAGGUUCCUUCUCGAGAAGGGCCUGUAACAGCUAGGGGCAUAGUCAUUAAUGAGCCUACUUCAGCUAAGGGCAAGACGCCUGUAGCUAGAGUAUCUAAGACUGUAGAAUUCCGUACGAUGGAGUCUCAUGCGCCUGAAAAGAAGUCUAAGUCUUCAUCACGCCCUGGUGAGGCAUUGGUGGAUGAAGUCAUGACUACCAAGCCCCGCCGGCCUGGUAAACGUUCCUCUGAUAAAAAGGAGAAGAAAUUAGCUAAGUCCUCUAAGGCGUGACGUGACAACGAGCCUGCUGAAUCUAUCGAGGCUGGUAGCUAUCUCGGACAAGCCCUGGAUGGAGCAGGGAAGAUGAGAUGAAAGCAUCGAGACAACUCGCCGAGUGGUUCCUCGUCCUCAUCUACUUCAACCUCCACUUCAGAUUCUUCUGGUUCCGAGAGUGACUCUAAUUCU